CACUUGGAUGCGAUCCACCAACCCCCGAAGAAGAAGAAGAAAAGGGAAACCACGCUUUGACCUGCCAACCCCGGAUGUACCAUUGCAGCAGAGUUUUUCCCUGAAAGAUGGCUGCCAGAGAAACGUUGUCACCAGGCUCUAGUCCUCCAAUGUCUUCCAGCCUAGCCGGUAUUAACGACGGUGUGUCAGUAGCGCUAUCACCAGAUGCGGUCCCGUUCAGCCCGCUGGCUCCGGGGGACCGGGAGGAGAUGGGUUCGGUGGCGGCGCAGUUCUCCCACUACGCAUCCAAGCUCGUCUCCCUGCGAGCCGGAGAUUCAGGCAGCCUGAAGACACAACUCAACCUGCUGUUCGACCAACUCAUCUCUGAAAACUACAGCCCGACCCACAACAUACGACCUGAGGAAGUGUGUGCGCUGCUCAUCCACGUGACCCGUCUGGUUCCUCUCAGCCAGGAGCACUUGGUCGUCAAGCUAUGUCAGCUUACACACCACCUCCUCAACCAGCUACAGGUGAUAGUGGACGAGCAGACGCUGGAUGUGUGUGUGUGUUACGUGGUCCGUGCGCUGGCUGUGUGUAGUCUCUGGACUCACAUUGAGGUGCUGCAGGCGUUGUCUACUCUGAUCUAUGGAAACGGUCCUCGCUGCAACCGGCACCUGAGUGAGUUGCUAGGUGAUGGUGGAGUCCUGCGUCUCUAUAGCGACCCGUCUCAGCCAGACAUGGAGCUGCGUCGUGUUGCUCUCAGCUGUUUGAAUAACCUCUGUCUGGGUGUCCCAGGCCAGGCGCCCCUUGAAGACCCGUACAGGAGUGUGUGUUUCAGAGUCUUCCUGCAGACGCUCCAGUCACCCAGACCCCCGGACGCUGAAGAACUGCUCUACUGCACGGUGGUCCAGGGUGCAGUGAAGGGUCUCCAGUCCUCUCUCUGUGGAGGGGAGUGGAGGUUUGGAGGGCAGGAGGAACUGGGAACUCUACUGGCAGUUCUCAAGAGGCUGAUGUUCCAAGGUUGUCCAGGUGUGUGUGUGGAUUGGCCGUCCGUGCUGUACCCCGCUCCCCUGCCUCAGUACGAAACCUGCAGUACCCCCAAACCUGCCGAACCUCCACGGAACCCCCCCACCCAGACCUCAGGGAAUAAGAAGAAGAAGUCUCGAGGUCGGGGGAGGAAAGGAGGAGAGGAGGAUGAGGAGAGAGAGGCAGAACCCAGGCUCCAGAGAGGAGGAAGAGGAGGGGAGGCCUGGUCUAAGACCUCGGUACUUCCUCCUCCAGGCGUUCCGUCUCUCUAUCCGUUAUGGAAGAGCAGUUCUGACUCAGAGUUCUCUGAUCCCGAGGGAGCAGCUCACAGUAAACUGAGGUUGUUCCAUGGCAGGGUGCGGCAGGGGGUGUUGCUGUGUCUCCUAGCCGUGGUGAAGGCAGUGGAAAAGAGGACGCUGUAUGGCUAUUGGUCGUCGUUCAUACCGGACGCUCCCAUUGGUGGACCUCCUCCUCUCACACUGCUCACUGUAGUACUGAAGGACCCCUCACCUAAGGUGCGUGCGUGUGCACUCCAGGUGGUGUCUGCAUUGCUGGAUGGUUCCCGUCAGUUCCUGGGCGUGGCUGAAGACUUGGCUCCAGCUAGAACCUCAUACACCCCAUUCUCCUUCUCCCUCGCCACCGCCGUCCGCGAGCUGCACCGCUCGCUCUCCCUCGCUCUGCUGGCCGAGGCCUCUGCUCACACGCUCACUCAGAUCAUCAAGUGCCUGGCUCACCUGGUGUGUAACGCUCCUUAUAACCGCCUGAGACCCGGCCUGCUCAGCCCGCUGUGGAGACAGAUACGACCCUACCUCCGACACAGAGACGUGAACGUGCGGGUGUCUGUUCUGACACUGUAUGGAGCGUUGGUGUCGACCCAAGCCCCUCUUUCUGAGAUACAGCUACUCCUCACACACACCUCGCAGGAGACGGUGCUGAGUUGGAGGCAGAGGGGGGGCUUUUCCUCACCCUCCCACAAAUACCACACGCCAGGAGAGGAGGAGCCGGGCGUGCCCUGGCUGCUGCAGCUGUGUGUGUCGCUUGUCACUCAACCCAGGGACGACCAAUCAGACAGCGAGGGUCCAGGAGGAGGAGGGGCUACAGCUCUAGAGCCAUCCCCAGUCCGCCUGGAGGCCUUACAGGUGCUAGCCCACCUUGUGCGUGGCUACUUCCCUCUGUGCCAGGCAUGUCUCUGUGACCUGGGGCAGGUGAGCGCCCGCUGCCUCCGAGAGACAGACCCCUCCAUUCAACUACACGGAGCCAAGUUACUAGAGGAGUUGGGGACAGGUAUCAUCCAACAGUACAGACCAGACAGCAGCCAAUCAGAGAGCUGCAGGAUCCCCAUCUCACAGGUGGUCCAGUUCUGGGUGGAUGUACUGAGUGGUCCGCUGAAUGGAGCCCUUCAGAGUCACCAGCAUCCUACUCUACAGACCAGCGCCUGUGACACCCUCUCCUCUAUCCUGCCCCAGGCCUUCACACAGCUACCUGUACAUACCCUCUAUCCUGCCCCAGGCCUUCACACAGCUACCUGUACAUACCCUCUAUCCUGCCCCAGGCCUUCACACAGCUACCUGUACAUACCCUCUAUCCUGCCCCAGGCCUUCACACAGCUACCUGUACAUACCCUCUAUCCUGCCCCAGGCCUUCACACAGCUACCUGUACAUACCCUCUAUCCUGCCCCAGGCCUUCACACAGCUACCUGUACAUACCCUCUCCUCUAUCUUGCCCCAGGCCUUCACACAGCUACCUGUACAUACCCUCUCCUCUAUCCUGCCCCAGGCCUUCACACAGCUACCUGUACAUACCCUCUAUCCUGCCCCAGGCCUUCACACAGCUACCUGUACAUACCCUCUAUCCUGCCCCAGGCCUUCACACAGCUACCUGUACAUACCCUCUAUCCUGCCCCAGGCCUUCACACAGCUACCUGUACAUACCCUCUCCUCUAUCUUGCCCCAGGCCUUCACACAGCUACCUGUACAUACCCUCUCCUCUAUCCUGCCCCAGGCCUUCACACAGCUACCUGUACAUACCCUCUCCUCUAUCCUGCCCCAGGCCUUCACACAGCUACCUGUACAUACCCUCUAUCCUGCCCCAGGCCUUCACACAGCUACCUGUACAUACCCUCUAUCCUGCCCCAGGCCUUCACACAGCUACCUGUACAUACCCUCUAUCCUGCCCCAGGCCUUCACACAGCUACCUGUACAUACCCUCUAUCCUGCCCCAGGCCUUCACACAGCUACCUGUACAUACCCUCUCCUCUAUCUUGCCCCAGGCCUUCACACAGCUACCUGUACAUACCCUCUCCUCUAUCCUGCCCCAGGCCUUCACACAGCUACCUGUACAUACCCUCUAUCCUGCCCCAGGCCUUCACACAGCUACCUGUACAUACCCUCUAUCCUGCCCCAGGCCUUCACACAGCUACCUGUACAUACCCUCUAUCCUGCCCCAGGCCUUCACACAGCUACCUGUACAUACCCUCUCCUCUAUCUUGCCCCAGGCCUUCACACAGCUACCUGUACAUACCCUCUCCUCUAUCCUGCCCCAGGCCUUCACACAGCUACCUGUACAUACCCUCUCCUCUAUCCUGCCCCAGGCCUUCACACAGCUACCUGUACAUACCCUCUAUCCUGCCCCAGGCCUUCACACAGCUACCUGUACAUACCCUCUAUCCUGCCCCAGGCCUUCACACAGCUACCUGUACAUACCCUCUAUCCUGCCCCAGGCCUUCACACAGCUACCUGUACAUACCCUCUAUCCUGCCCCAGGCCUUCACACAGCUACCUGUACAUACCCUCUAUCCUGCCCCAGGCCUUCACACAGCUACCUGUACAUACCCUCUAUCCUGCCCCAGGCCUUCACACAGCUACCUGUACAUACCCUCUCCUCUAUCCUGCCCCAGGCCUUCACACAGCUACCUGUACAUACCCUCUAUCCUGCCCCAGGCCUUCACACAGCUACCUGUACAUACCCUCUAUCCUGCCCCAGGCCUUCACACAGCUACCUGUACAUACCCUCUAUCCUGCCCCAGGCCUUCACACAGCUACCUGUACAUACCCUCUAUCCUGCCCCAGGCCUUCACACAGCUACCUGUACAUACCCUCUAUCCUGCCCCAGGCCUUCACACAGCUACCUGUACAUACCCUCUAUCCUGCCCCAGGCCUUCACACAGCUACCUGUACAUACCCUCUCCUCUAUCCUGCCCCAGGCCUUCACACAGCUACCUGUUCAGAGCCAGGUUCUGUGUGUAACAGUAUUGUUGGGGCUGACCUACAGUGAUAACUCUCUGGUGAAGGCUGCUGCAGUCAGAGCUCUGGGAGUCUACAUUCUGUUCCCCUGUCUACGAGAGGAUGUGAUGUUUGUAGCAGACACGGCCAACGCCAUCCUGACAGCCCUGGACGACCGCUCACCAAAUGUCCGCUCCAAGGCAGCCUGGUCGCUCGGCAACCUCACCGACACACUCAUCGUCAACAUGGGAUGUGUUGGGGAGGUUUUCCAGGAGGAGUUGUCUGACAUGUUGGUGCUCCAGAUGCUGCAGUCAGCCACCAAGGCUGCUUUUGACAAGGACAGGGUGAGAACCACUACAGAGUAUUCAGACAGUAUUCAGACAGUAUUCAGACAGUAUUCAGACAGUAUUCAGACAGUAUUCAGACAGUAUUCAGACAAGGACAGGAUGAGAACCACUACAGAUUAUUCAGACAGUAUUCAGACAGUAUUCAGACAGUAUUCAGACAAGGACAGGAUGAGAACCACUACAGAGUAUUCAGACAGUAUUCAGACAGUAUUCAGACAGUAUUCAGACAGUAUUCAGACAAGGACAGGAUGAGAACCACUACAGAGUAUUCAGACAGUAUUCAGACAGUAUUCAGACAGUAUUCAGACAGUAUUCAGACAGUAUUCAGACAGUAUUCAGACAAGGACAGGAUGAGAACCACUACAGAGUAUUCAGACAGUAUUCAGACAGUAUUCAGACAGUAUUCAGACAGUAUUCAGACAGUAUUCAGACAGUAUUCAGACAAGGACAGGAUGAGAACCACUACAGAGUAUUCAGACAGUAUUCAGACAGUAUUCAGACAGUAUUCAGACAGUAUUCAGACAGUAUUCAGACAGUAUUCAGACAGUAUUCAUACAGUAUUCAGACAGUAUUCAGACAGUAUUCAGACAGUAUUCAGACAGUAUUCAUACAGUAUUCAGACAAGGACAGGAUGAGAACCACUACAGAGUAUUCAGACAGUAUUCAGACAGUAUUCAGACAGUAUUCAGACAGUAUUCAGACAGUAUUCAGACAGUAUUCAGACAGUAUUCAGACAGUAUUCAGACAAGGACAGGGUGAGAACCACUACAGAGUAUUCAGACAGUAUUCAGACAGUAUUCAGACAGUAUUCAGACAGUAUUCAGACAAGGACAGGAUGAGAACCACUACAGAGUAUUCAGACAGUAUUCAGACAGUAUUCAGACAGUAUUCAGACAGUAUUCAGACAGUAUUCAGACAGUAUUCAGACAAGGACAGGAUGAGAACCACGACAGAGUAUUCAGACAGUAUUCAGACAGUAUUCAGACAGUAUUCAGACAGUAUUCAGACAGUAUUCAGACAAGGACAGGAUGAGAACCACUACAGAGUAUUCAGACAGUAUUCAGACAGUAUUCAGACAGUAUUCAGACAGUAUUCAGACAGUAUUCAUACAGUAUUCAGACAAGGACAGGAUGAGAACCACUACAGAGUAUUCAGACAGUAUUCAGACAGUAUUCAGACAGUAUUCAGACAGUAUUCAGACAGUAUUCAGACAGUAUUCAGACAGUAUUCAGACAAGGACAGGGUGAGAACCACUACAGAGUAUUCAGACAGUAUUCAGACAGUAUUCAGACAGUAUUCAGACAGUAUUCAGACAAGGACAGGAUGAGAACCACUACAGAGUAUUCAGACAGUAUUCAGACAGUAUUCAGACAGUAUUCAGACAGUAUUCAGACAGUAUUCAGACAGUAUUCAGACAAGGACAGGAUGAGAACCACUACAGAGUAUUCAGACAGUAUUCAGACAGUAUUCAGACAGUAUUCAGACAGUAUUCAGACAGUAUUCAGACAAGGACAGGAUGAGAACCACGACAGAGUAUUCAGACAGUAUUCAGACAGUAUUCAGACAGUAUUCAGACAGUAUUCAGACAGUAUUCAGACAAGGACAGGAUGAGAACCACUACAGAGUAUUCAGACAGUAUUCAGACAGUAUUCAUACAGUAUUCAGACAGUAUUCAGACAGUAUUCAGACAGUAUUCAGACAGUAUUCAUACAGUAUUCAGACAAGGACAGGAUGAGAACCACUACAGAGUAUUCAGACAGUAUUCAGACAGUAUUCAGACAGUAUUCAGACAGUAUUCAGACAGUAUUCAGACAGUAUUCAGACAAGGACAGGGUGAGAACCACUACAGAGUAUUCAGACAGUAUUCAGACAGUAUUCAGACAGUAUUCAGACAGUAUUCAGACAAGGACAGGAUGAGAACCACUACAGAGUAUUCAGACAGUAUUCAGACAGUAUUCAGACAGUAUUCAGACAGUAUUCAGACAGUAUUCAGACAGUAUUCAGACAAGGACAGGAUGAGAACCACUACAGAGUAUUCAGACAGUAUUCAGACAGUAUUCAGACAGUAUUCAGACAAGGACAGGAU